AUGUUGUUUCAAAGUGCUCUCGUCGCUUUCUGCGCCGGGCUGGCCCAGGCGGCCUUAACUUAUCGAGGAGUGGAUUGGUCAUCCGCCGCCAUGGAGGAGAAAGCCGGUAUCAGUUACAAGACAUCAAGCGGUACCGCUCAGUCACUUGAGAAGAUUCUGGUGGAUAAUGGAGUGAACAUCGUUCGGCAGAGAGUAUGGGUCAACCCAUCGGAUGGCAACUACAACCUCAACUACAAUGUCGCCCUUGCCAAGCGUGCGAAGGCUGCUGGUCUCGACGUUUAUCUUGACCUCCACUACUCCGACACAUGGGCGGACCCGUCUAACCAGAAGAUUCCAUCCGGAUGGCCAAGUGACAUCAACGACUUGUCGUGGAAGGUUUACAACUACACUUUGGAUGUGUGCAAUACCAUGAAUACCGCCGGCGUUACGCCAAAGAUUGUUUCGAUCGGUAACGAGAUCACAGCCGGUAUGCUUCUCUCCGCCGGAAGUACUUCCAAUAUGUACAAUCUGGCGACACUCCUCCACUCCGCCGCCUACGGAGUUAAGGACAGUAAAUUGGCCACCAAACCCAAAAUCGCCAUUCACUUGGACAACGGCUGGAAGUGGGAUACGCAGAGCUGGUGGUAUACUGAUGUUCUGGCUGCGGGUCCGUUAUCGGCGUCUGAUUUCGACAUCAUGGCAGUUUCCUACUAUCCUUUCUAUAACUCAGCAGCUACGCUUGCCAGCUUGAAGACCAGUCUUACAAACAUGGCCAGCAAGUGGGGCAAGGAGAUUAUCGUCGCCGAAACCAACUGGCCAACAUCUUGUCCUUCGCCGGCCUUCACAUUCCCUAGCGAUCUGAAAAGCAUCCCAUUCUCGGCCGCAGGCCAGACAACCUUCUUGCAGAAGGUCGCAGCUGUGGUCGAUGGUGUCAGUACUGGUAGUGGGUUGUUCUAUUGGGAGCCCGCCUGGGUCGACAACGCGGCACUGGGUUCUUCAUGUCCCUCCAACACCUUGUUCCAAUACCCUGGUACUGCGUUAUCGAGCUUGGCGGUCUUCAAGACUUUUUAA